GUAGUCAUGCUCAUCAGGGCGUGGGAAACAUAAGAAACACGCAAUUCCACUCAAUCCGUGCCUCCAUCACCGACUUCCCAAUUCACUUACUUGCACCAAACGGCAAAUAGCAUUUGUGAAGCACCACCUGGUUCGAGACACAUCCUAGCCUCGAACAUUUAUACAUACAUAACCACAACGUCGACCACACACCGGAACCAUCACAACCCCCUGCCUCGGAUCGCUUCCCGCUGGCAGCCAUUGGUCCCUUGCACCAGUCAGACGUUUUGACUCACUCAGGCAUCACUUUUCCUGCCUACAAAUACAAAAAUAUUCCGGCUCCAAAAGAGAUCACCAUGCCGUCCUCAUCCCACCUCCGGUUACAGACCCCCUUCGAACCCUUCUCGGCUGAGACUACACGCUCGCACUUCAUUGCAACGCCUCCUCAGAAGAAGCAAAAGAUGUCCCUUACCCAAACAUACUACAUCGCGGCCACGGCCCGUUCGAAGCUGGGCCGGGAAGCAAUGCGACCUGACCAUGACCUCCGCCUGCUCGUAGGCCACGCCAAUCUUCUCGACUCCCUCAUGCUGGAGCUUGCCGAGGCAGAGAAGAAGCAGGAGGAGUGGUUCAACAACACUGUCCGCGAAGCCUCAAGAGGAAAGGAGUCACGGCACAUCCAGUGGGCAGACAGGAUAGCAGAGGAGGCGGAGGACGACUCGGACGCCGACUCGGAUGCCAGCUCGGAAUCAGACUUUUACGAUGAGGAGGGUGACUUCGACAUGAUUGCUGUACCCCGCCAUAUCGUCUCAGCACCGGUACAUAUCUCGACCACAGAAGUUUCAGAGGAAGAUGAGGAUGAAGAAGAUCAGUACGCCGACCUGGAGGACGACGAAGACUUGGCUCUCACUCGCGUUCCGUCACAAUCACCACCGGAGCUCGUACAUGACGAAGACUCCGACGACGAACAUUCCCCGCCCAACACCCCGCCACAACCCACUCUGCAAUUCUCGGAAAAGGAAGCCAUGCUCACAACAUCCUUCUACGACAAGAACGCACAUCCGACCUACCUCUCGGACGAGUCGGACUACAUAAUACAGAACUCAUCCGCUCCGCUCAUAACAAGCUAUUAAGGCCUACACCUGCAUCCUUCUCGACCUUACUAUUUGUUUCGAUACGAGCAUUUUGGCGAGCGAGUCGCGGAUUUUCUAGCAUGGCGCUUGGGCGGGCACGAUAUCACAACUCAUUUCUUUGGUUUGCUUUUCUUUAUUAUCACGCAGCGCAAAAAGCUGCUAUGAGGCACUCUACUCAAUCCAGACUAGAUGCAUGGAUACCAUUGAGGGGAAUAUUCGGUUUUCUUUUUUCAGCAUGAGCAUUCGGGGCUCCAGAUCUCCCACAUUAUGGUUGAGACUCCCCCACGUAGGAUAGGAAUUCAAAGAUCAUGAUCAUCAUCUCAACAAUCGUCCAAGUUGUCUGCCGUGCUCGCAUCGCGAUGAUACCCUGUCCCCGCAUACUUUGCACA